GUGUUUUUUGAGGGCUGGGGGCGGAGGCUGUUUCGUAUAAAAGGGCGCGGCAGCAGCACAGGCAGCAGCAGCCAUCUGGCUCGAGAAGUGAGCAGACAUGAAGUUCUUGGUUGUGGUAGCAGCGGUGGUGGCGUGCGCGGGCGCUCGCUCCAUCAACGCCGGUUGGGUCCUUCCGCCAGGCAACAUCGGCACCUCGGGCAUCCUGCGCAAGGAUGGCUCCACCGAUCUGUUCAGCCAUGACUUCGCUCACGACAUCGUUGCUAUCGGACCCUCUGGCAUCAUCCUAAAGAGCGGCCCACCCGUUCAGCUCGACGCCGACCUCAACAUGGUGGGCCGCAGCAAGCGCUCCACCGCUGGAUACGUCAAUGCGGCUGGCAGCAUCGGUCGCUCCGGAAUCGUGCGCAUGGAUGGCACUAUUGAGCAGUUCGGCCACGAUCUGGCCCACGACAUCGCUUUCUUUGGCCCCAGUGGCAUCAUCCUGAAGAACGGCCCACCCAUCCACCUGAACGAGAACCUCAACACGAUGGGCCGCACCAAGCGCCAUACCUUUGGACCCAGCGGGAUGAUCACCAGCUGGGGUCAGCCCAUCCAGUUCAAGGAACCCUUCGCCAAGAUCGUUCUCGACGGACCAAGUGGCUUCCAGCUCUCUGACGGCACGCUUGUCCAGAAGCCCGUUGUGGUAGCAGCGGUGGUGGCGUGCGCGGGCGCUCGCUCCAUCAACGCCGGUUGGGUCCUUCCACCAGGCAACAUCGGCACCUCGGGCAUCCUGCGCAAGGAUGGCUCCACCGAUCUGUUCAGCCAUGACUUCGCUCACGAUAUCGUUGCCAUCGGACCCUCUGGCAUCAUCCUAAAGAGCGGCCCACCCGUUCAGCUCGACGCCGACCUCAACAUGGUGGGCCGCAGCAAGCGCUCCACCGCUGGAUACGUCAAUGCGGCUGGCAGCAUCGGUCGUUCCGGAAUCGUGCGCAUGGAUGGCACUAUUGAGCAGUUCGGCCACGAUCUGGCCCACGACAUCGCUUUCUUUGGCCCCAGUGGCAUCAUCCUGAAGAACGGCCCACCCAUCCACCUGAACGAGAACCUCAACACGAUGGGCCGCACCAAGCGCCAUACCUUUGGACCCAGCGGGAUGAUCACCAGCUGGGGUCAGCCCAUCCAGUUCAAGGAACCCUUCGCCAAGAUCGUUCUCGACGGACCAAGUGGCUUCCAGCUCUCUGACGGCACGCUUGUCCAGAAGCCCGCUUAAUAAGCGGCCCUGACCAGCGCAGCUCCAUGGCCAGCUGGCCACGCACCUCUUCACCACAAACAUGAUUCAUACUGAAUAAACAGUCGUUAUGCAA